GCCCCCCCAGGCCCCGGCCCGGGUCCUUCGCGGGCCGCCCUCGGCCGCCAUGGGCUCGGAGAUGGAGCCGCUGCUCCUGGCCUGGAGCUAUUUUAGGCGCAGGAAGUUCCAGCUCUGCGCCGAUCUGUGCACGCAGAUGCUGGAGAAGUCCCCUUAUGACCAGGAACCGGAUCCUGAAUUGCCAGUGACUCAGGCAGCUUGGAUUUUGAAGGCACGGGCACUCACUGAAAUGGUAUAUGUAGAUGAAAUUGACGUAGAUCAGGAAGGAAUUGCAGAAAUGAUGCUGGAUGAAAAUGCUAUUGCUCAAGUUCCACGCCCGGGAACAUCCCUGAAACUGCCUGGAACUAAUCAGACAGGAGGGCCUAGUCCAGCCAUCAGGCCAAUCACUCAAGCUGGAAGGCCCAUUACAGGUUUCCUUAGACCCAGCACACAGAGCGGAAGGCCUGGCACUAUGGAACAGGCCAUCAGAACACCCAGAACUGCCUACACAGCUCGCCCAGUCACCAGCACAACUGGAAGAUUUGUCAGGCUGGGAACGGCUUCCAUGCUUACAAGUCCUGAUGGACCUUUUAUAAAUUUAUCUAGACUGAAUUUAACAAAAUAUGCCCAGAAACCUAAAUUGGCAAAGGCUUUGUUUGAAUAUAUCUUUCAUCAUGAAAAUGAUGUUAAGACUGCUUUGGACUUGGCUGCCCUCUCCACAGAGUACUCUCAGUACAAGGACUGGUGGUGGAAAGUGCAGAUUGGAAAGUGUUACUACAGGUUAGGAAUGUAUCGUGAAGCAGAAAAACAGUUUAAAUCAGCCCUGAAGCAGCAGGAAAUGGUAGAUACAUUUCUCUACUUGGCAAAAGUUUACGUCUCAUUGGAUCAGCCAGUGACGGCUUUAAAUCUUUUCAAACAAGGCUUAGAUAAGUUUCCAGGAGAAGUAACCCUACUUUGUGGAAUUGCCAGGAUCUAUGAGGAAAUGAACAAUAUUUCAUCAGCAGCUGAAUACUACAAAGAAGUUUUGAAACAGGACAAUACUCAUGUGGAAGCCAUUGCAUGCAUUGGAAGCAACCACUUUUAUUCUGAUCAACCAGAAAUAGCUCUCCGGUUUUACAGGCGGCUCCUACAGAUGGGUGUCUAUAACUGCCAGCUUUUUAACAAUCUGGGACUCUGCUGCUUCUAUGCCCAGCAGUAUGAUAUGACUCUGACCUCAUUUGAACGUGCCCUUGCUCUGGCUGAAAAUGAAGAAGAGGCAGCUGAUGUCUGGUACAACUUGGGACAUGUGGCUGUGGGCAUCGGAGAUACGAAUUUGGCCCAUCAGUGCUUCAGGCUCGCUCUGGUCAACAACAAUAACCACGCUGAGGCCUACAACAACCUGGCCGUGCUGGAGAUGCGGAAGGGCCACGUGGAGCAGGCAAGAGCACUGUUACAAACUGCCUCAUCCUUAGCACCCCAUAUGUACGAGCCACAUUUUAAUUUUGCAACGGUCUCUGAUAAGAUUGGAGAUCUCCAGAGAAGCUACGUUGCUGCUCAGAAAUCUGAAGCAGCAUUUCCAGAUCAUGUGGAUACCCAACAUUUAAUUAAACAGUUAAAGCAGCAUUUUGCUAUGCUCUGAUUGUCCCUGAGACCAAGUAUAUUCUUACGAUGGGGCAUUGCACAAGGGAAAAAGUAGUGUGCUUUUAUGUAUAGGAUAUACACGCCUUGCUUGAUAUUAGUGAAGAUGGCGUACGGGAGUUUGCACAAGAAUGCGUAAUGAACACUUUAUAAUAACAACUUUCUAAGACAGGAUGUGCUAUUUGUAAGUAGAUCGUGAAAACUUCUCCCCCACAUUAUAUGGUAUGUGUUUGUUUAUAAUGUUUCUGAAACAUUUUCAUGAAUUUCCUCAAAUUUUUAUUAAUGCACAUUUUUAAUGUCCCUGACCUGGCCAUUAGCUAGCAUGUAGCUUUAGAGGUCUGAAACCUGCCAUAAAAAUUCCACUUUUAUGGCUAAAAAUGUGUAUAUAUAUUCCAGUUAGAGAGUUUACUUAGAGCUUAAAAUUGUAUUUAAAACUCUUUAUCAAAUGCUUUGUAAGACACUGUACAUUUUAUGUAUUAUGCUUUAAAAUAAAUCAGUGUGUA